AUGGCAAUCUCACUAAGGAAGUUUAUAUGCAACCUCGACCUGGUUCCUCAGUUCCGCCCUCCAAAGUCUAUAAACUUCGUCAUGCUUUAUAUGCGUGUUACUAUUCUUCUUCUUCUCUAUGUGGAUGAUAUGAUCAUCACUGGAGAUGACACAGAAAUCUCUCAUGAUCCGUCUGGUUACUUUCUCUCCCAAGCCACGUAUACUUCUGAUCUCGUGGCUUGUGCUAGUCUUACCGAUUGUAAGAUUGCCUCUACUACCAUUGAUCCGAAGACUCAUCUCACACCUCUUGACGAUCACUUGUUGUCUGAUGCUACUUUACAUCGUCAGCUAGUUGGCAGUCUUGUUUAUCUCACGGUUACUCAUCCAGACAUUGCUUAUGUUGUUCACAUUGUUAGUCAGUUCAUGGAUGCUCCUUGUUCUCUGCACUGUGAUGCUCUAGUUCGUAUUUUACGUUAUCUCAAAGGCACUAUGUUCCAUGGUCUUCACUACUCCGCUCACUCUUCCCUACAAUUACAUGCAUUUUCUGAUGCUGAUUGGGUAGUGGACCCUACUUAUCGCCGUUCUACUAUAGGAUUUUACUUCUUCUUGGGUGACUCUCUCAUUGCCUGGUGUAGCAAGAAGCAAACUCUUGUUGCACGUUCUAGUACUGAGGCUGAGUAUUGUGCUCUUGCUGACACUAUUUAG